GAUAAAGAAUUAAACAAGAUGGUUGCCAUUAAAAUGAUCAAGAAUGUCUUUAAUAAUGGAGCUCCAUACAGAAUGUUGAGAGAAAUUAAAAUUAUGAGAUUUCUGAGACCUCAUCCAAAUAUAGUAGAGUUGAUUGAUGUGUUUGUUGGAACUGGAGAAAGAGAAUAUUGUUUAAAUAAUUUUAAAGAAUUGUAUAUUGUAAUGGGAUUAAUGCAAGAUGGAGAUUUGAAAGUUUUUUUGAAUAGUUUACACAAAAAGAAGAAGGCCAUUAAUUUGGAUUUUGUAAAAACAAUCAUGUAUCAAUUAUUGAAUGGAAUGCAAUAUAUGCAAUCAUUUGGAGUUUUGCACAGGGAUAUGAAACCAGCAAAUGUUUUAUUGAGCUAUCAGGGAGAUAAUGUCAAUGUCAGAAUUUCAGAUUUUGGUUUGUCGAAUAUUGAGAGUGAUAAUCCGGGAAAGAAUUCAAAAUCUUUAUAUGUAAUAACUAGAUAUUACAGACCUCCAGAAGUAAUAUUGCAAUACAAUGUUCAAUCAUCGAGUAUUGACUCGUGGGGAUUGGGAUGUAUCAUGGCAGAAUUAUUGUACAUGUUACCACCUAAACCAAUGAGAAGACCAUUUGAACACUUGAAUCUCAUCACUAGCUUACUAGGAAAGGCCAAACCAGAGGAUAUUAUGGGAUCAGAUGGAUGCAGAGAUUGGUACGCUCAACAAUUCAUAGAUCAUGCCGAGGAGGGAAUUUCAUUCGAUUUAGUCUUCCCAUCAGCAAGUAAGGAAGCUCUGGAUUUACUGCAUCAAUUUUUACAGUGGAAUCCAGAGAAGAGAAUUUCCUUCUCACAAGCUCUCAAUCAUGUCUUCUUCAAGGAUGUUAUUGUAAAUAGUCCAGUAUCAGUGAAUAAUCAACAAUCAUACAUGAUUGGCAACUCUCCUUCAUCCAAUAACUCAGGAAAGGCCAUCGCUUUUAACUUUGAAAAGGAAGGUAAUGUGAAUACGAUGAAAUUUCUUUAUUAUCAUGAAAUGUGUAGAACAGCACGUACCACUCACCAUUAA